AUGAAAGACUUUCAAUGUGCAGCCUGUGGAUUUGGAACCUUUGGUACCAACUGUAGUGGAGUAUGUAACUGUGGUUCUGGAACCUGUGAUCCAUUUAGAGGAAACUGUACUGGUGGGAUCUGUGCUGCAGGAUGGGAGGGAGAGAAAUGCAGUCAAGCCUGUGGAUUUGGAACCUUUGGUGCCAGCUGCAGUGGAGUAUGUAACUGUGGUUCUGGAACCUGUGAUCCAUUUAGAGGAAACUGCACUGGUGGGAUCUGUGCUGCAGGAUGGGAGGGAGAGACAUGUAGCGCGGCAUGUGAUCUUGGAACAUUUGGACACAACUGCAAUGGGACUUGUCAUUGCGGAGAAGAUACCUGUGAUGUGACCACAGGACAAUGUCCAAGCAAUGCCUGUGGACCUGGAUGGCAGGGACCAAUAUGCCAACAACCAUGUGAGUCUGGCCAUUAUGGAGUAGAGUGCACCCAGACAUGUAAUUGUCGUCAGGAUGAAGACUGUGACCAUGUAACAGGGAUGUGUCCUUCUGGUUGUCCUCCUGACUGGGCUGGAGAAGCUUGCCAGUAUCGAAUUCCUCCAGCACCAAGGAGUGUCCUUGUGAGUAAUGUCACUGCAACCACUUCAACACUGGAAUGGACACAUUCUGAUACCGAACCAUAUGGAUAUAUCGUUCAGUAUCGUUUUUAUCCAUACCGAGCUGACGACCAGUGGCAGAACUCCAUUAUCAUACAUGGUGCAUUAACCACAUAUACCAUCCAGAAUCUCCAUCCAACAACAGAAUACAUUUACAAUGUCAUGGCCGUCAGUGGUGAUGGGAUCAUGAGCAAGAUACCAGAUAUCACAGUGCUCAUUCACAAGCGAUUCACCACAUUAGGUGCUACGCCUACAGCUCCACCAGCUGGAGGAAAUGAUGCCGGCUUGAGUGCUGGAUCAGUUGAUGAGGUUGAUGUAAGUGGACCUGACAGUGGACGGAGACAUCAACCAGAUGAACCUGAUUAUGCUGUCUAUGAUGAUCUAGAACAGGAGAACCUCACACCAAGUGGGUAUCUUGCACCACCUCCAGGACCUCCACUUCCACCACCUCCAGGACCUCCACUUCCACCAAGACAUCCUCUAUCCACAGGCUUUGACACCUAUGAGUACUCAACAUUUGCACAAAAUAUGCAAGUACCUGGCGGAUACUGGGAAAUCCCGUUAGAGUCACACUUAAAGGUUAAUGAGAACAGGAUUCUUGGGCAUGGACACUUUGGUAGAGUUUGUAAGGGAGAGCUGAAAAAGAGAGGAACAAAGUACCCAGUUGCUGUAAAAAUGUCAACAGCCUCAAAAGAGUCUAAAGAUGACUUUCUGAAGGAACUGUUUGUGGUGAGUCAGGUUGCCCAUGUAGGACAUCAUGAGAACAUUGUGAAGUUCAUGGGAGCUGUAACAAGCAUACCAGAGAACAUUUUGUUGGUGUACGAGUUUGCUGACAAAGGUGACCUGAAGAAGUGGCUUGAGGAUAUGGAGAACAUCCCUCUGAAUUAUCGUUCUCCAGAGAGUAUCAAUUGUCAAAUGCGGUACUCCAAUGACCCAACACCACUACAGAGAUUGCUUCACUUUGGAAUGGAUGUCUGCAAGGGAAUGAUGCACCUUACAAAAGCUAAGGUUAUCCAUGGUGACCUUGCUGCCAGGAAUGUCUUGCUAUUUUCUAAGGGGAAGGACAUAACUGCCAAGGUCACAGAUUUUGGUCUGGCUGAGGACUUGUACUUGAAAGAAGAGGCAGCCAGCAAACAGGAAGAAGCAUAUUCUAUCACCAAUGUAUGUCUUUAUCUUUCACAUUGCCUCAAAGAAAUCACAAUGCAAAUUGUGAUGCUAGCCAGAAUUGGUAUGAGCAAUUAUGUUGAAGCAAACACCCUUGACAACUGUCUGGAAGACAACUUUCAUUGUGGUCCAUUUGAAUAUUUAUUGCAGAAUGUUAUUUCUAUCUUCCUGCAGACUGUUUUUCCUAUCAAAUGGGCAUCUCCUGAAGUUCUAAUGGCAGGACAGUUUACAGCAAAAAGUGAUGUCUGGUCCUUUGGGAUUCUACUAUGGGAAAUCUUUACUUUUGGUGAGUUAAAGCUCAGUUCUAACCUUGUGAAAUAA